UGUCAAUUCAUGUAUAUGUCAUUUCACCUCGUUUUUACUUUUUACUUUAUUAAUUCUAAAAUUAUAAUUUAUAAUAUCUACAACUAGUACAUACCGCGGAUACCUUAUUAGAUACUAUAAACUUGUUCUGUGGUAGAUACAUAUAAGUUGAAUUAGUUCACAUUUUCACAUUACAUUUUUUGAAGUUAAAUGUUAAAAAAAUAUUAAUGACGCCAUGAGUGCUCGAAACAACUUUAAAAAUUCUCGAAUGAAUUUCAAGUUUCAAAAUGAAUCGAAUACGGACUACAAAGGAACAAAACCAACACGGGAACAGUCGUCUAUAUUUGAAGUUCUCGUCCUAAUGAUUGUGCACAUUUGCAAGAAGGUGCUGUUCUUUGACACCAAUUUAAAAAUAGCCGUAUAUCUAGGAGCUCUCUUCUUACUAUCACUCAUCGCGGAUGUCAUGACCUUUCCCAGAACUUAUUUUUCCAGAAGUGAUAAUGUUUUUAACCAAUAUUUUGUAAAAAUCGGCUGGUUUUGGACAUUAUUUUUAACAGUGCCUUAUGUUUUAUUAACAUCAUAUACAAUAUGUUGUGGGAAGCGGAAAUAUAUAGCAACAGCUCAUUUAUCAAGGUUAAUAAUAGCUACUAUAUCAUGGUAUACAUGGACAACUAUCUUUAAUAUAAUUGAAACCAAAUAUGGAAGAUGCAAUUCAAAUAAAUUUGAUAAUAAAGUUGCUUGUUUACAAAAUGGCCACUUUUGGAAUGGCUUUGAUAUAUCAGGACAUUGUUUCAUAUUAAUUUACUCAAGUUUAGUUAUGAUAGAAGAAGCAAAGGCUAUCAAGGGAUGGGAGAGAAUUAAAGAUUAUAUUAGAGAUGAAAAUUACGCAAGAAGUCAAAAUGACAAAUCUCCUAGUACAAAUCCUUUAAAAAAUAUUAAAACCAGUGAUAUGGAUGUAUUAAAAAUAUCUUAUGAAAAGUUUACACCAUAUGUGAGAGCACUUCUAAUUGCAAUUACAUGUCUUCAACUGUUGUGGGAUGUAAUGUUAGUAUCUACAAUUCUUUACUAUCAUAUAAUGGUUGAGAAAUUUCUAAGUGGAAUUAUUGCAAUAUUGACUUGGUUUGUGACAUACAGGGCUUGGUAUACCAUACCUAAAAUAUUACCAAAUUUACCAGGACAAGGCUUGUUUAAGUAUAAUAAUGAAAAACCUGUCCUUACCAACUUACCAAAUAGAAAAAGAUCUAGUUUAACAAAUACUAAGCAUUUCAUGGGAAUGCCAAUUAACAAAAACCAGGAAAAUAUUGAAACAAAUGAGGAUGGUAGAUAAAAUUGUACUAAAUCAGUAUUAGUUUUGGGUUUUUUUUUUGGGAGAUCAAGGUGGAUGCAAUUUAUUUUUCUUUUUUGGAGAACUGAGGUAAAUAGAUUUAAUUGUGUUAUAAAUAUUUAGUUCAUAAUGGAUGCAUAUCUAAAAAUUGUGACUUUAUAUUUUGAUGAUCAUAAUUAUUAUUAUGAUCAACCACUUAAUGAAUUUAGUAAUGUACAAAUAAGAAAUAUAUUGAUUUUAUUGUACAGUAUAUACAAAACUGUGAGACUACUUAUUGAAUGUUUAGAAGUUAAAAUAUUGCACAAUAUCCAGUACUCAUUGAACUUCUUGUGUACAAAGUUAUUAAUUUAUUGUUUAAAUAUACUAACUUAAUUAUUUAAGAAUAAGGAUUGGGACUUUCCUCAAUUUUUUGUUAAAUAAAAGUUUUCAAUAA